GAGGAGGUUGCUAAAUCUCCUUGGGUUUUGUGGUUUAGUCAGUUUAGUGAAGUGGAGUGGAGAAGCGACAAUAAGUACAGCGGACGAACGUGCUGAGAAACCAAUUAAAUAAACCAACUAAACAUGUUUUAUCGCACUACCAGCUAAAGCAGCAGCAGUACAGCAGCGCAAGGGUGGAUAUCACGAUAUCACUUGCACAGGUUGCACAAUCAACCGUAUUUCUGUAAAACGCUUACGUAAUCAAAUCACGUAACCUUGAACGCUGAAGCCGGCGGGGUGGAAAACUGGAAACGAAACUAGCGAUCGCACUGACGACUGGUGGCGCCAGUGCAAUUUUCCAUCGGUUCUCUUCAUGGUUUUCAGGUUUUCAUUUCUGGUUUCGUCGGAUUAGCGUGCAUGUGGUGAGGAUGGCGGCUCUGCUGUGUUCGUCUUGCAAGCCCCUGGCCGUUGGCCGGUUCCUGACACGUGGAUAUGCGGCCGCAGUGCCAAACACAAAAAUGUUCAUCAAUGGGCAGUUUGUCGAAUCCAAGACCACGGAAUGGGUGGAUCUCAAAAACCCGGCCACCAAUGAGCUGAUCACCCGUGUUCCCAAGUGCACAAACGCUGAAAUGCAUGAGGCCGUUCGUUCGGCCAAGGAGGCCUUCCGUACCUGGUCUCAGACGUCCAUCCUCACCCGCCAACAGUCUAUGUUCAAGCUGCAACAGCUCAUCAAAGAAAACAUGAAAAGACUGGCGGCCAACGUGACGGAGGAGCAGGGCAAGACGCUCGCCGACGCAGAAGGGGACGUUCUGCGUGGACUGCAGGUGGUGGAGCAUGCCUGCGGAGUAACGUCGCUGCAGCUCGGCGAGACGCUGCCAUCCAUCACCAAGGAUAUGGACACCAUGUCAUACCGCAUUCCGCUCGGAGUCACCGCGGGCAUCACCCCUUUCAACUUCCCAGCCAUGAUCCCACUCUGGAUGUUCCCGCUGGCCCUGGUCUGCGGGAACACCAUGGUCCUCAAGCCUUCGGAACGUGAUCCGGGCUGCACAAUGAUGUUGAUGGAGCUGCUCAAGCAGACCGGGGUUCCCGACGGAGUGGUGAACGUCAUCCAUGGCACGCACGACGCUGUCAAGUUCAUCUGCGACCAUCCUGACAUCAGGGCCAUCUCUUUUGUGGGCUCUGAUCAAGCGGGCAAGUUCAUCUACGAGCGUGGCUCCAAGAAUGGAAAGAGGGUUCAGUGCAACAUGGGAGCCAAGAACCACGGGGUGGUGAUGCCGGACGCCAACAAGGAGUACACCCUGAACCAGCUGACGGGCGCCGCGUUUGGCGCCGCGGGCCAGCGAUGCAUGGCACUCUCGACGGCAGUCUUCGUGGGCGAGGCCAAGAACUGGAUCCCCGAGCUGGUGGAGAGGGCCCGGAAGCUGAAGGUGAACGCUGGCCAUGAGCCGGGGGCCGAUUUGGGGCCGGUCAUUUCGCCCGAGGCCAAGGAGCGCAUCUGCGACCUUGUCGAGAGCGGGGUCAAGGAGGGGGCCAAGCUGCUGCUUGACGGCAGGGGCAUCGUGGUGCCCGGUUACGAGAAGGGAAACUUCGUCGGCCCCACCGUCCUGGCGGACGUCACGCCCCAGAUGCGCUGCUACCAGGAGGAGAUCUUCGGGCCAGUCUUACUCACGCUGUCGGUGGACAGCAUGGACGACGCCAUUGCGCUCAUCAACAGCAACCCGUACGGAAACGGCACCGCCAUCUUCACCACCAACGGCGCCACAGCCCGCAAGUACACCCAGGAGAUCGACGUGGGACAGGUCGGUGUAAACGUUCCCAUUCCUGUUCCACUGCCGAUGUUCUCCUUCACCGGAUCCAGAGGGUCCUUCCUGGGAGAUGCCAACUUCUAUGGCAAGGCGGGUGUCAACUUCUACACCCAACUGAAGACUGUCACGCAGCUCUGGAGGACGCAAGACUCUACCCAUUCCAAGGCCGCCACUGCAAUGCCUGUCAUGCGCUGAAUCUCGUACAUACUCUAGUUGCUCACGAGCCAAGCAAGGGGACACACGAUGGAUUGACUUCGAACUUAAAUUUUUGGUAAAAUAAAGACGAAUCAUUUAGUGUUCA